UUGAAGACAAAACUUAAUCAAUUUUCAACUGCUCUAAAUAUAAUUUUUGUGAUGUCAGGUUCCGUCUGUGAAAGUGUUGUUGAACAAGAUCUUCCAUCAAGAUCAAGACCGAUCAGAAACAAGAGAAAACCAUCUAAGAAUGGCAAAAACCAGUCAUUGAAGAAACUUGAAGUGGACUUACUAAAUGGAUUGUUYAAUGACAGACUUCACGAAAGAUAUUACAACAGUGAAUCGCAAGAUUCAGMAGAUGAAUGGWCAKCAWGUUCAGCUGACAGCGAAGAGUUGGACUUCGAGUUUCCAUCSAAAUUGGAUUUCUACAACUUAAAACGAGGGAAAAUAUCUCGAAAAGGAAAAAUAAAGCCCGUAUCUUUGGUCUCUAAAGAGAGAUCAAAUACCAGGUACCUAGAAGGUAUUAUAAAGAACAAAGAUGUCGACCCUGAUGGUACAAUGUCARUUCAUUUUUGCAAUUUSAAGAAYCACRGKCGCACAAGAAURUACCUUAUCAAGAGAGAAGCAAAGAAGGCUGCAAAGCGGAUAAGAGAUAGCGAAUUAAAAGCCAAAAAUGUAGAGUUACGUCUUCGACUUAAUGAUACUCCAAGGAGAGGCCCUGUUGUACAGAGCRGAAGCAAUCCUGGUAUUGCCUCAGUACCAAGUCCAGGAAGACCUGCAAAUAGCAUGRUUCAUGAACGSCAYCAUGUCUUAAGAAGAGAUAACGGYGACAAGUUUAAAAGUGAGACUUUACUGUCGCAGCUUAUUAACAUUCAGGAAAGAGAGAUAACGCCAGAAGAUUUUGACCUCUUAUUGCAAUUAGACACAUUUGUUGAAGUUAAAACUGUUCCGAAAUCUGUCAUCGACAAGCUAAGGACAGAACAUAUAGAUAGAAAGUCAGAAAGUCCCUGUAUGAUUUGCAUGGAGGAAUAUGAACUAGGACAGCUUGUUAUGUACCUUGAAUGUAAUCAUUUCUUCCAUAGUAAGUGUAUUAGAACSUGGCUUACUGUCAAUUCCACAAAGUGUCCAUUGGAUGGUCUCCAGGUCUUCUGAAAUAUUUGUGGUUACUUGGACCUUAUUUUAUAGUUUUUUUUCUGAAGGUUUAUAUGGAAGAGGRUUGUGUAUCAGUAUUUUCUACCCUGGUUUUAGAAGGUUGAUUUUAACUUCUGUGCAAUUGUAGUUGUUGGCAUGAARCUCUAUUUUUUUAUCCUGUUAGAGUCAUCCCACAUCAAAAACAACAAAUUCAAUUCCAUUAUUUUUUUAAUGAAUAUUGAAGAGUUCAACGAAUAUUUAUGUUAUUAAAUAAAGAAAACUAAAUAAACCUGUUGA